AACCAGCAAACAAACAGUUCUAGAUCAAUACUGGCCUCGUACCUUGUCUACAUUCUUGCACAAACUAUUAGGAGACGGAACAAAAACAUGAGGCCCCCGAUACAACUGGCUUAUUUGAUAUGUUUUAGCAUCUUACUUGAGAAGUGUAUCUGCAAAUCGGAACAUGACCAGGUUUUGUCAAUCACUGUAUCCACACAGGAACAUGUGGACACAGUGCAGAACUUAACAAGUCACAAUGAGACAGUAUUGUGGCAGCCUGCUUCACCCAGUCACAUUACAACAAACUCUGAGGUUCACCUUUACAUUCAGUCAACAAGUGUUGAGUUCGUCACUGAACUCUUACGCAAACAUGGCAUUACUUAUAGAAUGCUUUUGGAAAACACACCGGCGCUAAUUGAGAUGCAGACCAAAAAUGAUACGUCGGAUCCCCGGAGUGGAGGCGUGUUCUAUGAGAGAUAUCAUUCUUUAGAAGAUAUCUAUUACUGGAUAAACAAGACCAAACAAGAUCAUUCAGACAUGGUGAAAGUAAUUCUUAUUGGGUCAUCUUCUGAAAAACGGCCACUCUAUGUUCUAAAGCUGUCAGGCAGGAGGGAUGAGGUGAAGAGGGCCAUGUGGAUCGACUGUGGUAUUCAUGCGAGGGAGUGGAUCGCUCCAGCCUUUUGCAUGUGGUUUGUCAACUACGCAAUUGCAUUUUACAACCAAAACACUGAAAUCACAGAGAUUUUGAAUAAUAUGGAUGUUUACAUCUUGACAGUCAUGAACCCAGAUGGAUACAAGUACACAUGGACAACAGAUCGGAUGUGGAGGAAAAACCGCUCAACUAACAAAGACAGCGUCUGUACUGGAGCCGAUCUGAACAGAAAUUUUGAUGCAAACUGGUGCACAAAGGGUGCCUCCGAUAAUCCAUGUGAUGCUACAUAUUGCGGUGAGUACCCAGAGUCUGAACCAGAGACCCAGGCUGUGGCACGGUUCCUGCGCUCCCAUAAGGACACAGUCAAGCUGUACCUCACCAUUCACUCCUACUCUCAGAUGCUCCUGUUUCCUUACUCCUGUUCCUAUGACGAGAUUCCAAACCACAAUGAGCUGUUAGAACUUGUUAAGGAGGCUUCAGCAAAAAUACGCAGAUAUUAUAGGAAUAACUAUAAAUAUGGUCCUGGUGCAAAAACCAUUUAUUUAGCCCCAGGAGGAUCUGAUGACUGGGCAUAUAAACUUGGGAUAAAGUAUUCAUUCACCUUUGAGCUUCAGGAUCGUGGUCGAUAUGGCUUUCUUCUUCCUCCCAGCUUUAUCCCUCAGGCCUGUAAUGAGGCUCUGCUGGCAUCAAAAAUCAUAGCCUUACAUGUGAUCAGAAAACUCAAUGAAGAGCUUCCAUAAACAACCUGAGCACACAAUAAAUUUUACUCUUGACUAAACUAAAUGUGUACUUAAAAUGUGCUAACAGCAAUAGAGAAAAUGCCAUGUAUGUAACAAAUAAUAAUAGUAAUUUUUGAAAGUGAGGUUGUUUCGUGUGAAUAUGUAGGUGUGUCCUAUGUAUCAUGCAGCCUAUCGUAGUUUACAGCUGUUUGUAUUACAGUAAAAGACUGGCAUCUUGA